ACCUCGAAAAUCUGUCCGCAAAACGAAUGACAACAAAAGAGACAAGAGAGACAGAGUGUGUGUGUGUGUAUAUUUCGCGAGAGUGCGUUUUUUCGCCAAAGUUUAUAUACUUUUUUCCGUUGUGUUGCCGCCGCGAAUAACAUUGCAUCAGAGUGGUGAAAGUGUCAAAGAAUAUGAAGAGAAGAAAUGCCGAGUGCGGCAAGCUCCGGAGGCCCUUGAAACGCAACAAGAUCACCGAAGGAAUCUACGGAAGCACUUUACUUUACUUAAAGUUUCUUCUGCUAUGGGCCAUGGUGAUAUUAGCAGACUUCAUUUUAGAAUUUCGUUUUGAAUUUUUGUGGCCAUUUUGGCUGCUUCUUCGAAGUGUUUACGAUUCUUUUAAAUAUCAAGGUUUGGCCUUCUCAGUGUUUUUUAUUUGUAUCGCACUCACAUCAGACAUGAUUUGUUUCUUUUUUAUCCCAGUACACUGGCUUUUCUUUGCCGCCAGUACAUACGUUUGGGUGCAGUAUGUUUGGCACACAGACAAAGGUGUUUGUCUGCCAACUGUGAUGCUGUGGCUUCUGUUUCUUUAUAUAGAGGCAGCAGUUCGAUUAAGAGACCUACGACAUAUGCCAUUUCAUUUAGAUCUUUGUAGGCCAUUUGCUGCUCAUUGUAUUGGUUAUCCAGUAGUUACAUUAGGAUUUGGUUUUAAAAGUUACGUAGGCUACAGAAUGAGACAGAGAAAACAGAAAGAUGUUGCGAAAGAAAAUGAUUUCUACGUGCAACUGUUACAGCAGGCAUUGCCUGUUGAACAACAAGCGGCAAAUAUUCGACAAAUUCAACCCCAAGUACAGUUACAAGCACAGCUUGUAGCGGCGCCUUUAGAUCAUUCAAAAUCACAGUCUCACAGGACAAAUUCGCAGUACAAUCACAGUCCGGAAAAAAGUAGAGGUAGAGCCGGUGGCUCGACAGCGGAAACGAGCAUACAAAACGGCAGCAUUCACAAUGGAACACAGACUAUGUCACAAGCACAAAAUUCAGCCACAAAAAAUAUACACAGAAAAUCACUUGAUAAGGGAGAAAAGUCUGAGGAGCAACACAAUAAACACAAUAGCAAUGUCUCGCAGUCUGAAAAAAAUGACAAGAGAUUUAUGCAUAUAAAUGGUUCCACAGUACCUUCAAACGAUUUGCAAUUUAUCGAAAGAAUUGGAUCGGUUAAUGAUUUUGACAUAAACGAAGUAGAGAAGGAUAAAUCGUUGAAGGGUGGCUCAGUGAAAACACAAUCAAAUGGCUCGGCAAAUGGAAAAUGGAAUAAUGUCAAAGAAAAUCGUGACUCAUCGACGACGAAUAAUCAACGUGAACGUAAAGGUCGUCAAUCGAAAGUCACGAGUGACGUUAUUUCGGAUAACCAAAAGCAACAAGACGAGUAUUGCCAGAGGUUACUAGUUUGUCGUAAGCUUGAAGCUGACGUGAAACGUUUAAAAUCAGACUUACAAGCGAGCAGACAAACCGAACAAGAGCUUCGUUCACAAAUUAACACGUUGUUGAGUGGAGAGAGACAAACAAAAGGUGACCUCCAACAAUUACAACAUGAUAAUGAUCAGUUGCAAAGCAAGUUACACGGAUUAGUAACUGCCCGUCAAGUGGACAGACAAACGAUGUCCACAUUAGAAAAGAGAAUUGCAGAGGAACGAAGGCAGCGUAGUGCGUGCGAAGUGUCUUUAGCUUCGGAGAGAAGGGCUCGAAGAGCCGCUGAAGAAGCUAGAUCCGCAGUACCACCACCUCCACCUCCAUUGGUUCGUCAAGAGUGCACUGACGUCUGCAAAACACGAAGAACACAACUCGAGCAAGACGUGAAAAGCUUGCGAAGAGAUAUCAAGUCGAAAGACGAUAGGUACAGUUCUUUGGAAAAGGAAGUGUCACGGUGUAAGGAGAAUCAUGGAGAAACGGAAAUCUUGUUAGGAGCGCUAAGCGCUUUACAAGAAAAAAAUACUCAUCUUGAAAACAGCUUAAGUGCGGAAACUCGCAUUAAGCUCGAUCUCUUUUCCGCUCUUGGUGAAGCUAAACGUCAACUCGAAAUCAAAGAGAGUAUGAUUAGGAAUCAAGAGAAAGAGGUUGAGCUGCUAAAGGCGAAAAUUGCGCAAGACUUGGCUGUGAUGCCGCAGGACACAUUUGGAUCGGCAACAACCUGCACGACGUCGAAGCUCCGUCUCGGUAAUGACGUCAGGGUUGGUACGAAACUUCGUGCAAGUGAUAAUUCCUGUCCGGGAUGCACAGUUUCAAAUCUCGAUCCCAAUGCAACGGCGUACACACCUAAAGGCUCGUUAAUAACGUCUACGGAAGCUUAAGAAAGAAAAGAAGAAGAAAGAAAAAACACUCACAAAGUAAGAAAACUAGAAAAAAAAACAGCUUCCUAAAAUUCCAAUAUGUGGAAUUUUUUGUGCACUUUUGAAAAAAGAAUUCGAUUUUUGUCCCUUGUGGGUAAAUUCCCCUUUAAAACCACCCCCCGUUUUCUUUUUAUACCUAAAAUUACUCAAAUCUCGAGUUUUUUUAUUUUUCAUCUCUUUCUUUUUUAAUUCCUGACACUCGAGAUUAAGGUUUUUUAAUUCUAUUUUUCUUUUCGAAA